AUGAUCAUAACGUCCCUUGUGCUCCUCAUUCUGGGAUCGGUUUUCACAAUCUGGAGGUUGAUAGUCCGCUCAAAGGUUACAAGAUGGCUCGGUCCAAGUGACUGGUUGAUGCUGCUUGGUGUGAUCGUAAACGAUGUUGACUGCGUUUUCAACGUGAUGGCUGGUUUCGCAGGCGCCGGACGUCUGCAACGCGACCCUGUUUUGACGAUUGAUCGGAGGGUGCAGAUGCAGAAAUAUCUUUUUGUAGGCCAGAUUCUGAACAUUUACGCCAUGUUUCUGGUCAAGCUCUCGAUUUGUGCGUAUCUACUAGCGCUGAACUUCUCCAAGCUCUAUCGGCGCAUGAUCUGGGGAACACUGGUCUUUGUAGUGGUCUUCAACUUCGUAUUCCCAUCGGUAAGCCUAUGGGGUCUCUGUCGUCCACUGGCAUCAAGAUGGGAUACCAGGAUCACCAACAAAGUGUGCUGGCCAGUCACUGUGCGCAUCGCGUUUGGAUACAUGCAGUCCGUCUCGAAUAUCAUGACGGAUCUCAUGUACGCAACAGCGCCGAUUGUAUACCUCAGACAAGUACAGCUCAGGAAACGUACACAAUGGGGUGUACGUGCGGUCUUCGUCAUGUCUCUGGUGUGUACAACGGUUUCUGCCCUCAAGAUCUGGGAUCAAGAGAUGCACCGAGGAACCAAAGAGCUGACGUGGGAUCUUGUAUCGAUGACCCUUUGGGCCACCGCAGAAAACACGGUUGGCAUAGUCGUCGGAAACCUACCUUUGCUACGCAAGCCCUUCGAAAAGCUCUUCAGAUCCGUACUCCAGUCUACAAGCAUGAGAACUACCGAUGCCGCCGACAAGACGUCCGACGAGACCUACAGCACAUUUAAGAUGCAGUCAUACCGUGGUCAGGGCACACGGAGGAACAAAAUGGAGGGUUUCAAGGGAUGCGGAACGAGGCUCCCGAGUGUGGGCGAUGACGAGAGCGACAGGUCGAUUCUAGAAGACCCAGAGAAGGAAGAUCGAAGAUAUGGACACUCCAAUGGCAUCUUGAAGACUACCAAAGUAACUAUAUAUGAGGAUGACAUGAUCAGAAGAGGUAGUCCAGCUUGA